AUGGCCCAUAUUCACCUCCUCAGUCUCCUCUGUGCAUCUUUCGUUUAUGCAUAUGCCUCAGACAAAGCCACCAUUGUCUCCGGUAAUGCACUCCAAUCCCUCAUAAACAUCCACGACCUCCUUGAAGGUGCCCAACGCUUAGAGGAUUUUGCCUACGCAUACCCUGAUGGAAAUCGGGUCUUCGGCAGUGCUGCACACUUGGACACUGUGAAUUUUCUUUACGACGAGCUAGAAAGAAUGGGAUACUAUAACGUAUACAAGCAGCGGCAAGCCUAUACAUGGGCUAGGACUUAUCAUAACUUGGUAAUCGAUGGGGUACAGAAAUAUGCGAGGUCAUUGAUGUAUAGCCCUGAUGGAAAUGUCACCGCUGAGCUGGUCUUGGUCUCCAAUUUCGGCUGCAGUGCGUCGGAUUAUCCCCCAGAAGUUGCGGGGAGCAUCGGAUUGGUUAAAAGAGGCAACUGUUCUUUCGCAGAGAAAGCCGUCUUGGCGGCAAGCGCUCAUGCUGCUGCCGCUAUAGUCUACAAUAAUGUCGAUGGCCCUGUCAGCGGCACCCUUGGAUCCCCCGCGAAGGAGCGAGGCCCUUAUGUUCCCAUUGUGGGCAUCAGUCUUGCUGAUGGUGCAGAACUCGCAAGCCAAAUUGGAAAAUCUCGCUUGACGGCUCAGAUUUAUUUAUCUACCCAGGCGGAAAACCGGUCGACGUACAACGUUGUCGCUCAGACUAAGCAAGGUGACCCGAAUAAUGUUGUCGCCAUUGGAGGUCACACAGAUUCCACAGAAGAUGGCCCUGGGAUAAAUGACAACGGCUCUGGCACUAUUAGCAAUCUUGUUAUUGCGAAAGCGUUGACUCAUUUUCAAUUAACCAAUGCUGUUCGCUUUCUUUUCUGGACAGCAGAAGAACCUGGCCUUUUAGGCAGUGAGUAUUACAUUUCGCAGCUGAAUGUCACAGAACUCGCAAAGAUUAGAGUAUACCUCAAUUUUGACAUGAUUGCCUCUCCCAACUACGGGUUUUUCAUUCUUGAUGGAGAUGGCUCAUCCUAUGAUGUGGCUGGCCCUUCCGGAUCCACGGAAAUCGAACAACUAUUUGAGGAUCGUUUCGAGUCUCUCCAUUUACCUUAUGACAGCACCCCGUUCGAUAAUCGUUCAGAUUAUGCGGCAUUCUUUAAAAGCGGCAUCCCGGUAGGAGGCCUCUUUACGGGUGCAGAAAAGAUCAAAACCAACAAGGAUGCAGAAUUGUUUGGAGGCAGAGCUGGUUUUCCUUACGACCCUAAUUAUCAUUCCACGAAUGAUAACACGACGAACCUCAGUCCAUAUGCAUUUCUGACGUGCUCAAAGGCGGCUGCUUUUGCAAUUGGUACAUACGCUAAAAGCCUGGAUUCUAUUCCGCCGCGAAAUCAUACGGUGUUUAAGAUGCCCCUGGUAACGAAUCGAUAUGGCCAUCUGUCCCUGGAAUAGCCAUCCAUACCCAAACCAUGGCUACUAUGCUCAAAGGAAAUAUCUGCACCGACUCACAUCAAAGAUAUUUCACCAAAAUUAUGUCACUUAGCUCUAUAAGCUCUAAAUGUACGCUCUAUUUCAAUGGUUGAUGCAAUGGAUAUCUGUCUAGUCCGCGAGACAGGAAUGUUUUAUGCAUGCUCUGAGUAUCAAAUUUUCAUCAUAG